GCACACACCGGUCAGAAGGAGCAAUGUAACAAGCGCACGGCCGUCAUCCUGGGCACAUGUAUGGAGGAAUUUCAGACGCUGGCCGAUGAAAUACCGGACAUUGUUUACGAACAAGUUGCUCCAAACCUCAAAAAACAUCCGAUGAUCCAAGGGAUCUACUGCUUCGUGCGUGAUAGCGAAAGUGAAAGAGACCAUCUUAAUUCAGAGCGCAUCAAUUAUCCGGAACAUUCCCCUAGAGAACAGUCAAACAUUGGACUACCAGUAUUGGGUCUUUCACAAGCAUCACUGUGCAAAAUUAAAUCAAUGGUGAACGAGUGCGUAUCGAAGCUUCCGGUUUGGCUGACGGUCAAUGUAAGGAAUGACCCAUGUUUGUUUUCAAAAGUAGACGAUGACUGGCUACCGUACGCCGUGAGAGAGUAUCAGAGGAUACAGCAGACAAUCAGCGAGCAACAUCUGACCGGUAAAGAGCUGGACAAUUUCGAGGUCGGAAUCAGACGGGGGGUCCUCGAUAUAUUGAAAGCUUUGAGGGAACAAUCGUUCUACUUUUACGACGAUAUCACUUUUUUCGAAAAUCAACCCGUGACGCGAAAUGCUUCUCAUGCUGAUUAUCUAUUGGUUAGUGAGGAGGUAUAUUCCAACGUCAUUCUCAACCAACCCAGUCUGCGGUGA